AUGGAUGGAACCAAUGAAAGCACCCAGGGAAAUUUCAUCCUUUUGGGGUUUUCUGAUCGGCCCCAUCUGGAGAGAAUCCUCUUUGUGGUUAUCUUGAUCGCAUAUCUCCUGACCCUUGUGGGCAACACCACCAUCAUCCUGGUGUCUCGGCUGGACCCUCACCUCCACACUCCCAUGUACUUCUUCCUCACCCAUCUCUCUUUCCUGGACCUUAGUUUCACCACCAGCUCCAUCCCUCAGCUUCUGUAUAACCUAAAUGGACAUGACAAGACCAUCAGCUACACAGGCUGUGCCAUCCAGCUCUUCCUAUUCCUGGGUCUGGGUGGGAGCGAGUGCUUUCUCUUAGCGGCCAUGGCCUAUGACCGCUAUGUGGCUGUAUGUCACCCCUUGAGAUACCCGAUCCUCAUGAAUCAGAAGCUCUGCUUGCACAUGACAGCCGGCUCCUGGCUUUUGGGAGGGGUGGAUGGGCUGAUGCAGUCUGGUGUCACCCUGAGCUUCCCUUACUGCCACCCUCGAGAAAUCAACCACUUCUUCUGUGAGGCACCAUCGCUUGUUCGCCUUGCCUGUACAGACACCAUGAUUUUCGAAUUUUUCAUGUAUGUCUGCUGCGUCCUGAUGCUUUUGAUCCCAGUGUCUUUCAUUUUGGCUUCCUACGGUCUCAUCCUGAUCACUGUGCUCCGCAUGCAUUCUGCUGCAGCCAGGAAGAAAACCUUUGCUACUUGUUCUUCCCACCUGGCUGUGGUGGGGGUUUUCUAUGGCACCAUCAUAUUUAUCUACAUGCGGCCCAAAUCCUACCGUUCAGUGGCUCAUGACAAGAUUGUGUCAGCAUUUUAUACUAUCUUCACCCCUGUGCUAAACCCCCUCAUCUAUAGUCUGAGGAACAGUGAGGUCAAGGGAGCUCUGAGAAAGUGUAUGGAUCAGUGUGCUGCCUUAAGUCAUGAUUAG